GUGGAAGAUUCAGAGCCGGAAGAUAACGAUUGCCCUGAAUUUAGAGACCAAAAGGUUAACUUUGCCGACAAAAGGCAGUUGGGAAGCAGAGAGAGACUUAACCGAUCUUUAAGCAACCUCUUUUUGCGAGUUAGUACGCCAAAGAUUCAUUCAAGCCGUAAACAGUGUUUUUUAAAACAACUACCCGAAAACAAGAAAACAAGUUUACUUCAGACCUCAUGCCAGGUAAAUUUGAAUUGAAAAGCUUAUUUAAAGCAGCAACAAUCACAUAAGUGUAACCAAGUUUGAGCGCAAAAAGUAACUGAAAUGUUCAUCUUUUUGUUUACUUUGAUAGGAAACCAUCGAGGCUAAACAUUUUUUAGGCACAGCGAACGUGAAAACAUUUUCAAUUUCAUCGCACUUUUAGAAAUGAAGUAACCCAGUAAGCUUAUAAAGAUCUUAGUUGCCGAAAUAUUCAUAAUGAUAAUAUAUCGUACCUACCGUUAUGAUAUAUAUAAGCUUAUUUUUUUUUACUUACUCUAAACUUAAUAUUUGUUUAAUUUUUAGGAAACUAACGUCAAAUUUACUGUGAAAAUUUUGUCAGAAUGACCUUCCGGAUCUAUCAGCGAUCCGUUUAAAAUUCAGCUUUAAAGAACUUAUAACGACUUUACAAAUUUGAAGAAACUACCGAAAAGAGGAUGACAUCUCCUUCUAUUUUUCAAAUUAUUAUUUAUCUUUUCCCAGAAUCACUCAAUGGGGAGAAAAUAAAACUUACUCAUGUACAGUAUUACUUAACAUAAGUUAUUCAUUUAACAGCUGGUCUAUGUUUAUUAAAUUUAAAAAUAUUUAUUCAGAAACGUCGUUUUUGUUCAUACAUACAGCCAAUUUAAACAGAAUGUUGGCUAAUAAAUGAUAACUACGGUAAAGAAAAUAAAUACAAACAAAAGUCGACAUGGCAAACAAGUGCUUGAAAUGCAUGGCGUUUCGCCAGGGCCUUCAACUGGCCUUGGGGUGUUCGUAAUUAGUAGAAAAUAAUAAUUUUUCUUUUAUAUAUAUACUCGAAUACUGGGUAGCCUGAAUUUCAUCCAAUUGCUUCGAGUCGUUUUGUCUUCGAGUAAUUCAGGCUAAAUAUUUUUUCAAAUGAUUUCAAAAUUUUCCCUCGACCCAGACUCCACUGUCGAUGCGGGCCGCGAAGGCUCCGAGUUCGCGGCUGUCGGCAAGGGCUUCCGCUCAGAGUCGCAGGCUGCCAUGUUGAUAUCCUUAAUAGCGUUUUCCAUACCUAAUGACAAAUCUAAGAAUUGACAACCUGAUUUUGGACUUCAAAUAGAAAAUGGUGGUUUUUGAGGACCAUUUCUGGGUGGGUUGAAGUUCUAAAAGCAGCACGUUUUGUCGUGUCGUCGAAUACUCUGUUUGACAUCCGGAAUGUUGCCGUCCAACAAGCUUAGUCUGUAACUUUUCUUGUUUUAUUCCAGGGAGAGAAAAAUGCCGGAUUUGACGUGCUGUAUCAUAACAUGAAAUAUGGCAACAAUGCCAGCUGCAAGCUUGUGGAGUUUGUACGCGAAAGGUGAGUAAAAAUCUACAUUUUAUAAACAUAAGAACUUCGCUUUUCAGCUUGCCCGGUAAGCUGUACACUGUAUCUAUUUUCGUGAUUAUCUGCGAUUUCUUCUCUGUGUUUUAGAUCCGCCGUGGAAGAAGUCUAUGCUAAAUCACUCCUCAAGUUAGCAAAAUCUGCAACUUCUGUCACACAACUCGGGUAAGGAUAUGGAGGUUUUCGUUGCUAGCAUUGAUUCUAAGUAUAUAAAACUGCGGUUUUAAAUUACGUUGUUCAAAGCUUGGAAGAUUUAAAUUCCUCGCGUUUAUCUAGUUGAUUAUUUCUAACUCUUGAAUUCUCAUCAGAAGGAUAUAAUUUUCCGCCCUUUGAAGUCUGUGAAAGCUUGAAAUCGAUCAUUUAUUGUCUAGAAUGUUUUAUUUUAGGGGAUGAAUGAAUUAUUUGAAAGUGUUUGUUAAAACAGCCCGAAUGAUACCCCUCUGACCUUGAAGAUAUAGUAAUUUGCGUCGACACAGGAAAUUGUCUUGUGGAAUCGUUCGAUGCAAUUCAAAAGACGAAUUUUAAACGGCACAUGAAUUAGCAUAUAUGAUUUUUACAGGCUUGAGAAUCAUCGGGAGAAUUGCCCGCUGAUUUUGUCAAGCGAAUCAAAUUGUCCCGGAAUCAUAUGUGAUGAUGACUGAAGUUCUGCUAAAUCAUAAGUGAUGAUUUUUUCAGCAAAGUCAAAAUCAUUCGUGGAAUCAUAACGUACGAAACCGUGAGUGUCUGGAAUCAUCACCAGGCGAUUCGCUGCUGUUAUGAAAUCGUUUGUGGAAUCAUAACCUUGUGCCCAACAAAAGGGAACGUUGGAUUCACGAGUGAAAGAUCGGUCGUCGAACUGUCAUAAACCGAACUAGGAUCAGACGAAGUUGAAACGAAGACAAAUAUGAAAAGUGUAGCAGAAGAAGUCUUGUAGUUCUAGCGUGCGCGCAUAAACUAAAACUUGAAAGGGGCUUGGUACGAGAUUUGACCGUGUACCUCUGAUCUAACACGAAAAUCCUAUUGUAUGUUAUUGAAACUUUCAAGUUGAAAUCGUUUAAUCUGAAGGUAGUUGAAGAUCGUGAUCAUCCAUGGAUGCAGGCCGGACCUUUUAAAGGUAAACUUUCUUGCUUUGCUUCAUAAAUAAAAUGGUAAUACAUUUACAUUCAAGUGAUGGUACUCAUAACAGAAGCUUGUUAACGUCAAAAACAUGUGUAUACUACCUGUAUACUGUUGCCUUUUGCUGGUUGGGUAAUUUAUUUAACACAAAGGCCCUUCACACACACACAAAAACAAUACCACUGAUGUUAUAAUUUGUAUGAUAGCAGGAAGACCUGAUUUACAUCAAACUAAAUAAAACAGCUCAUUUUGUAUAGCAGAAAAUAACACUAAUUUGCAUACUUUUUGGAGUAAAUUUGACAGAAUAUUGAAUAACAAUAUCUAUAUUAAUUAUAACCGUAAAUUAAUUUAAACUAUAAAUCACAAUUUACAAUGGUGAUUUGAACAAUGCACAAAGUAAUUAAGUGUAUAAAAUCAUUCAUUUGAGUUAAACAACAUUUUAAAUGACACCAAACCAGUUAAGGUAUAUGAUUAUUAUUAUGAUGAUUGUUGGUGAUAGCCCCCAUUCAAUUAUCCCCAUUAUUUGAAAUCUGGAUUACCCUGGGGUCAAACAGGUCCAAAUUAAAAUGAAACACAAAUAUUUUAAUUCAUCAGAGCUGUUCUCUAGCAGAGCCCAUUGGCUCCUAGUGCCUAUAAGAGGGGCUGAAUAGGGGUAUGCAAAUCCGCCAAUCCGUUAUGAUUUAUUGGCCAAAUCCGCUGUUAAAAUUUCGCCCUGAAUCAGAAAUCUGGGCAAAAAAUUUUUAUUACACGCAAAGUCGAAAUCCGGGCCUAAAAGUCGAUGAAUCCGCAAUCCGCUGCAAUUACAGGAUCCGAAACCGUUAAAAUCUCGCUUUGAAUCCAAAAUGUGGGCAAAAAUAUUUUCAAAAUCCGCCCGAUCCAUUCGCCUAUUCACCCCGCUCCUAUAACUCUUGCUCUCAAGCAACUUGAAAGUCUUACUUUUUCAUUCAAAUCAUAUGCUGGGCACCCUAGGUGUUACAGCCUUAGAGCACAACCUUGAACUUUAAUAAAAUGUUGCACUUAAGUGACAAUGAGUUUUUAAGAUCCAGACUUGAUCAAACAACACAGAAAUUUUGAAAUGUUAAGUACAAUUUGUUCUCUUAUUUUACUUUUUGUACUUGUCAUAGAUAUUGACUAUCAGUCGAGAAUUAUAUAUAGGCCUGAACACCCAACAACUGAUUUUUUUUUUUAAAGGCAGGGCUGCCACCAGUGGCCAAGGAGCAAGCAUUUUACUUUUGAGCAUGAUCCUUGGUUACUUUUUGUAGGGAAACCAAGGCAAAAUGGAACCAAAUGCAAAGAACUUUCUAACUUUUCGAUUCCCCACCUUUUUAAAUAUGAACUGUCCGUAAUAUAUAGAGGCGUGUCCGUAUUAUAGAGGUGUUUAUAAGGAGAGGUUAGGCGGUAAUGUCUAAUGGUAAACUGAUGACAUCACAUGUGUAGGAAGAGCCCAAUGAGAGUGGAUGCACAUUGACAAUUUUGGGCAGCUCAUUCAAAUGUAUUUUCAAGGUUUUUUUUUGCCCAUUUGGUACUUUUUCAGUUUGCAGACUUUUUGUCUACUUUUAAAAGUGCAUGUUUCACAGAGUUUUGGAUCCAAAAUUCAAGACUUUUUCCAGACUUUUUCCAAAACAAAAAUUAUUAUUUCUCUUUCCAGACUCAAGUUUAUCAAAUAAAGGUGACAAACAGAGACCUUAAAAAAAAACACAGGAAUCAAGCUUUUCUCAUGAUGCACUAUAGUAAUCACAGUGCAAAAAAAUUUACCCUUUUUUCCUGUCCUUUUUAUGAACAAUGCCUGUUUAGGCUUUCCAAGUAAUUUCAUAGGUAUGUGGAAGGAUCAGGGUCAGUAUGGGUGCAGUGUCCAAUUGUUUUAUUUCAUAUUAUUUUACAAUUACAUAUUUUGCUGCAAUUAAAGUAUAUAGUUGUUAGUGGUAAACAAUUUCAAACAUUAAAUCAAAUAUAUUGAGACUGUCAAACUAUAAUAUUAUUCCAAACUGUAUAAUUUGGGCGAAUUAAAAUAACUAUUAUUGUACAUGUAUGAAGUGCUCGUUAGUAAACAGAAAUGAUGUAAAUGAGUAGUGUCUCCUUAUUGUGCUAUUUAGUGAUUUGCAUACAGCUGUACUCUCGUCAUCGACUCAGAUUAGCUACCAGAAGAUAGUUCUUUUUGACUGGAAGCAAAGUCACUCUCCGUAUCAACCGUCUAACAUUUACGAUGUGCUCUCCAUGAUAAAAGCUGUUCUUUACUGCAGGAAGUCCAGAGAGUUUAUCCGCAUCAUGGUUCUUGUUGGCAAAAUAAAACCAAGGUGAUGAACUCGCAUACUAGUAGCUCCCAUCAAGUCUUUCAAAUGAACUCGUGCAGUAAAAAAUAACGUACCUGAACAAAGUAAGGAGAAACCUCAGUUUUACUUUCAGGUUUGUCUAAUUUGUCCACACAAUAGAUCAGAGCUGUCUGGCCCCUGUCAGUUCUGUUGUAAGAGGAUGAAAAGGUGGAACCAUUUACCAUACAUCUCGCAAAAGGUAUCUAUAUGGGGCUCGACAAACAGAAAUGAAUCCUCAUGGAUGUCUGACAUGUAAUCUUUCAGCUCAUUGUAAAAUUCAAACUUUGGUCUUUGCUUGAUCCUCAUUGGAGGAAGCAUCUUAACAGGCCAUUUUUGGUCGAUUUUGUCUAUGUCCUCUUGUUCAACUGUCAUUUGGAUGUCCAAAUUGGUCACAGAUGUUCUUGAGGGUGCCAUGUACAUAUUUUCUGUCCCUCUGAAAAAAGACGUUCUGCUUGGAUUCUUUGAAAAACUGACCAUUCUUCUGUUCCCUCUUCCAGAUGUUCACUGUCUUUGUGUUUCAUAAGUGGCUUUAAAGAAGAGGGAAUAUCAUUUUCACUUACCUUGUCAAGUAGUGGUAACUUUGCAACAUCAAUUAAAUGCUGCAUGACAAAGUUUCUAAAAAUCUCCUCUUCUACAGUUUUCCCACUGGUGUUGACAUCUCCUAACAGACCAAUGUGUCUUUCAUAAGGAAAGCACCACCAGCUGGUAGGAGGUCCCCAAUUCUGAAUGAGCUCAGGGAUGUGUAGAGUCAUGUGAUAAUUAACACUUACCUCAAAUUUUCCAAACACUUUUGAAUACAGUCCAUGGUGCUUGUGAAGAAGACAAGAGAUAUUGUUUACUUCAUCCCUUGUUAUGGGGUCUUUCAGAAGCAGUUCAACUGCCUCAGCGAGACAUUUUGUGGCAUCAUAAAAUCUGUUUGGUACUACAUUCCAUAAACAGACCCUUGCAUAGGUGACAAUGAAAUUCUUCCACUGUUGUGCUUUCAACCCUCGCGCUGACAUUUUGUCGAGCAUUGUCUUUGGUAGCCUUCCAAGAUCGUAGGGCACCCUCACAGCAUUCAAUCUGUUUGCCAAGAUGUCUCUCUCCUCCUCUGUCAUCAAGUUGUUGGAAUUAGUUAUAAGUUCUUCCCCAAGGUCUGAAACAAGGCCCAUCAAGAUGCUGUGCAUGGGAUCAAUUAAGAAAUUUUCAACCAUGUUGAAGUAUGGCAGACGAGCCAGUUCACUGUACUUUACUCCUGUUUUUUGAGACAUUGCUAGUGCACUUGCUUUUGUUGUUGCCUUUCUAUAUAUACCCAUUGCCUUUUCGUACCUCACUGUCAGUCCGUGCUGGUGAUUUUCGCUUGUGUAAAAACUCAUCUUGCCACUUGCCCCUCUGGUGCCCUUUUCUCGAACUGCCCGAAACAUACAUUUAUCACAUGGAAGAUCGGCCUUGUGACUCUUGUAUUGUGAUAACUUCCUUGAGGCUGGUAUGUCUGCAAGUACUGGAAGAAGUAGAGAACGGGUGAAGAUGACCUCAGGCCCAAGUACUUGAGCGUGAAUUCCUUUGUAUAACAUGAUCAAGUCGUCUACAAUUGGGGUCAAAUAAGUAUUGAUGUGACCCUCAGGUUCAGAUGGACCUGGAAUUAGACCGAUCAGCAUUGACCACUUUGCUUUAAAAACGCUGACUCUUUGGAAUGUUAAGGACACUCAUGUACAGGGCUCCGCAUGAAUAAACCGCUUUCGUUGAAAUGGAUUGAAAAAAUCUAGGUAAAGUAAAAGUGCCAAAUUCAUUUUGUCCUUCAGAAGAGGCUUUGUGUUGUCAUCAGGAUCCAUUAGAAAUUCCUGAAGAAUACGCCCAUCCCAUAUGUCCCUAUAAUCAGUUGUUGAUGGUUCAGGCCGGUUUCUUAUGAGAUUUAAGAAUUCUUCCAGAUUAAAAAAUGUCUUUAUCCACUCAGAAGGUGCUAAAAAGGGAUAUGUCUUAUAUGGAUUCAUUUUAGUUUUUCCAAAUGAAAGCUUUCGUUCAAAAGAAAGUUCUGCAUUACACCUUUUCCCAUAUAAUUUGUUCCUGCAUAAGCGAGGCUUUAAAACCCCAUCCCUCUCAGAACUAAUAUCAUUCAUCUGGUAGAGACACGAGCAUUUGGGGUUGGGGCAAACAGCAAAAAGUAUUGUUUUGUUGAGAACCUUAAGAUUGGCAAUGGUUUCAAGGUCACUGAUUGACUUCGGGAAAAGCAUAUAUAAGGGGUGACGUAUUACCCAAAAAAUGAAAUAAAUAAGAUCUAGCAACAUAGAAAAAAUAGCAUUAGAUAAAUUAAAUGAUAGUUUUAAACGUAAAAGUAUUAACGAAAUCCAGCGAAUUAGUUUCCCCUCUUCUUUUGUCUUCAUGACAUCUUCUUUCAGCUCUUCCUCCUUGCACUGGUCUGCACCAUUUACUGCAGCACUUUCUCCUUCCAUCAUGUCUUUCCUCUGGUCUGCUUCGGAUUCAGUGCUGCAGUCUGAUAGUUCUAUAGUGUCUAGAGGUGUGAAUUACCAGAAGUAUAUUAGUAUUUACAGUCAUGCAUUCUUCAAAGACUGUAGUUUUUAAGUUACAUAUAUUUGGCAAUAAACAAUGAAUUUAAAAAGUCUCUCUCAUAGACAGAAACCCUGAGAACAAACAAGCAGCUCAUUGUAGUGCUGAAUACAUGUUAAUGUAGAUUUAGCUGCAGUCAGCUUUUGAAUUGAUUAUCCACAACCAAUCACACAUGAGACAGUAUUAAGUUGUUGUCCUCUGGCAGCUGAUCAGUCAGAUCAUCCUAAUAUUAAAUUCCUAGACAAUUAUUAAUAGUUCCCUUAUGCACCUAUCAAUGUGAAGUUGGUGGGGAGCUGCACAUUGUUGUUUAAUCUCAAUUAUAGAAUUCCAACUAAUGGCCCUGUCCCAUGGAUAUAAGAUAUAAGAAUGUGAUGUUAUGAUCUUUUGUGAACAACAACAAAAAGGUUAAAAAGUCUUAAGUUUAAUAAUUAUUCUUGAUUUCCAGACUGUACGGCACAUGCGUGAAGUGGAACACAUGUGAUCGGUCUUGACAAGUCUGAGUUAGUGGUCAAUAUCUCCACAUGCCACGUUGUAAAAAAAAAAGGAAGGUUCAAAUAUCCCACCCCCAGAAGAACAUUAGUCAAAUGCUUAACUCCAGGGCCAACAGAAAACAUUCAAAUCCUUAUGCAAUGCCCUUCCUCAACCCCCCCCCCCCUCAGGCUUUACAUGGACAGGUGCAUUAAACAUCUGUAUUAAUUCUCUGUUCUGUAUCAGGGUUGUCAUUAAGAGCCGGGGGCAGGGGAUUUUCCCCGGCUACUUUUAUCGGAAAAUAGAAGAAAAAUAGAACCAAAAGAAAUCCCUGGCCAUUUGAUUCCCCGCCUACUUGUUGUAUUUACCCGGCAAGUUGAAAUCUUAGUGACAACCCUGUGUAUGCUCAUUAAAGUCUACCAAACAAAUUGAGGGUUACUUUGAUUUCAAUUCUAAACUGAUACAGAUUUCAUGAAAGUAAAAAUUAUACCUUUUAAGACAGCAAUCCCUUGAUCUUCCUUGUCACUUUCUUCAGAGUCAGCAAGUCCAUCUUCACCUGAAAAAGUUAAAAUUGUAAUCAGUAUGGGGAAUUAUUCCUCCCAAGGAAGAGGACCCCACUAUGAGAUGAGUAAAGUGGUGUCACCUCUUCCCAUUAACAUCUGUGUGAUUGAAGGUUAUGUUGCCUGUAGUUAAUUCAUUAACUGAUCCUUACAGACGAUCCAAUCAUAGCCAUGCAAUUAACUACAAAGCCAAUGACCACCAGGAUAGAGUACCCCAGAGUUAAAUUGACAGGGAUAAUUGAAAGAGGUUAAAUCAAAACCAACAGAAGAAGACGUGUGGCACUAGCACUACCAUACGCCAAUAACGUUGUUUAAGAUACCCCAAAAAAAUCCUUGGCUAAUUCAAGGCACCCAAAAUAAUACCUGGCCUGUCACUUUUACAUCGGAAUUCUCCUACUAGCAAGGAUUAUAGGCAUUGCUUUUAAGAUUUAUCUCACUAUAUACUGGUAAGGUUGUUUUGAUUCAGUAAAAUUCAUGAUAAAGGUAUUGAUAAAAAAUAUACCUGAAUAAAUUUGCAUUUUAGUUUCCUCAGCACUGAUGUUAUUAUUGCUACAUGUCAUGUCUAUCACAGAUCCUUGAACUUCACCUGGAGCAAACAAAAUCCAACAUUUAAGGUGGCUGCUAAGAAUACUGGCAAUUAGAUGUUCUCAAGCAAUGAGUCUAUGUUUUCAUUAUUUUUUAAUGUAGAAAACAAAACAUAUUUUGAGGAGGAGUAAUAAUGUAUUAUAUUAAUAAGUAAUUAAUUAUUAUUAAACUGAGUGGUCUUAAUUGCAACAUUAAAAUAACCAAGUCAAACUUGAAUGUUAUUGUUUUUCAAUUAAGUUUGCAAGUAAUAAAAAAUGUUGUAUAUGACUGUUAUAAAAAAAUAAAGCUGAAAUGUAAGCUUUGGAAAUAGUGUCGGUAUGUUUUUGUGUGUUUAUUCCUGAAUUAAAAACUAAAUACUAUGGUGACUGCUGUCUCAGAAGCAUAAAGAGUAUUAAGUGGGGAUGAAACUCUAUUUUCCCAAUGGGGCUAUACAUAAUUAUAAGACCAAAGAUGAAAAAAAAUAUAUAAACUGUGCCUCUUUUGAAGUUGACUUUCUUUUUUCUUUGACGAUCAUGUAUACACAAUACAUGUCAAAAUUAAGUUCAGGUUAAAUUUUUCUAUCUAGGUACAUAUUGUCUGUUUCCUUUGUCUCCUAGCCCCAAUAAUAUUAUUCACAUGAAUUAGGGUUUGGAGACAAAGGAAAUUGAGAAUCAACCUAUCAUAUUAGGUUGAGAUUUUUUCAGCUGAAUUUGAUUGACUUGUAACAUAUAUCUCCGGGGGUGAUCUAGGGGGAGGGUGAAGGGGGUGUGCACCCCCACCCCCUGAGAUGACCUGCGGUUUUCUAAUGCAACUGGUAUUCUGCAAAAAAAACUAUGUAGUUUAUUGGUGUUGAAGUAGAGAAAGAGACGAGUGCACCCCCUCCUAAAAAAAAUCCUGGAUCCGCCUCUGUAUCUUAUGCUAAAAACAACUGAGAAGUUCCCUCCUCUUCCCCGUAUUUAGGAGUCAAUUUGCUGACUUUCAGAAGCCAGAGUUAGUGUUAUAUCCAGGGCUGAAAGUAGCACAAAGACAACUGACAGUAAUGUCCAGGAAAAGAGAAUUCAAGCCCUUCUAUCAUACCUACUUUCUAGAAAAAUCUAAAAUCAUUUCUUGUAAUAAAAGUACUUCUUGAUGUGACUCACCAGUAAGAGUGUGAGCAUCAUUAGUGACAUUCACCUCACAUGACCCAGAUUUGAUGUCAAUAGAGGGAGGGUUGUCAUGUCCAGCUGGCUGACCAGCGGCAUCUUGAAGAAAUAAGAUACAAAAAAAAAAUAGAAAUGCACCAUCAUGUGAAGUUAAAAAUUCCGUUGUAAUUCAAUCAAAUCCAUUUACUUUUUCCAAUUAAAUUAACUUUUUUUGACUUAUUUUGCCGAAUGGUCCAUAUUCCUUGAUUGCAAAUCCGCGAUUUUGAAUUCCAAAUUCCUCAAGUCCAGUCCCAAAUCCGCUUCUCCCAGUAAGUUUUCCCAGUUGAAGAUUUACGCGGCAUACAUAUGUAUUUAAAUCGACAAAGUGCUAUCAAUAGAAGAAAAGACUUACCUGGUAUCUCUGAUGUCCUUAAAUUGGAAAAUUUGGCUUUUUUAGAUGGCUGCCCGCUGCAUUUGAUGUUCUCCGUGUACCGAUCUAAUCCAUAAAGGUUCCGAUGUCUGAAAACAGUCCGUCUUGAGCGCAAGCAACCUCGGCAUUCGGGGCAGAAACACGUCUGAUAAUCUGCCAUUCUGAACUAACUUAAAUAAUCUGUAUUUAAUUCUUGGGUUUGUCAUACAUGUACGAUCUGCUGGAUAUUUUGGUGCUCCUUUUUCGCGAGAUAGCGCCAAAUUGCGCGAAUGUGGCGAGCUUUAUUAUUGCGUGACAAUGUUUGCGCUAAUUUGACGCAAGUUGAAAUUUUUCGGUGGACGCAAGGAGAGAAAUUGCUCCUUCAAAGGGGGAUUUUUGGCGGAAAAUGGAAGUGCAAAACCCAGAAGAACUUAUGAAAGUGUUACUCGAUAAUCCGUCGGCUAGAAGCCAGUUGAAUUCCUUUGUUGAGCAAGCAAUUGCGAAAAGUCACGUAAGUUAAGUGUGUUGUUUUUGUUGCGGGUUUGCUUGAUAAUUAAUUAAGUGGUUUCAUGACAACACUUAAUUGACAAAAAAUUCUUCCCUUUUGUUUUCCUCUAGUCACCUGCACCGUCAAAAGUUGUACCACUGGUAAGUAAAAGCCAAAUGUUACAAUUUACUUAAACGCUAGCUUUUGGGGGAAAAAACUAUAUACUAGGACAUUUGUUGACGUCAGCUGCAUCUUUCAGACGUAUAUUUCGACGGGACAUUUUACUUGAUUUUCACGCUAUGUAGUGUAUGGCCAAUCCACUUUUAAUAUAUCCUGUGAGCUACUUUUUUAAAAUAAACUCUGUAACUGAUCUGACUCAGUUGGGGGCACAAAUUUGAGCGCUUUUUGGAGCCGGGUAGGGCACUAAAAUCACUUGUUCAAAGUUCGGUCCUCUACAGUCUGCAACUGAAGUCCUUCUGUCAUUAUUUCAUAGAUUAAUAAAUGUUAUGAACUGAAAACCUUGUAUAACACAAACCCGGGGGGGGUACUUUAGGAAUUUCUGGGUGGGGAUGUGCUGCUGGGACCCUGGAACCCUUAACCUAUACCAGAGCUAGUUCAGCUGAAUUUUGCUACCCUAUACUAGAGUAAACUCCCCAAAUCCCCCUAUCCUAGAGUAGCUGUUUACCUAGUCUAGAUAAAAUCUUCAACCAACUGCUCAGUUUCCUGAAAAAUGAUACCCUAUUCUAGACCCAAACGCUCUGAUUUAUAUACUCUAUCCUAGAGUAAACUGCUUGAAAACCAUACCCUUCACAGCGGCACAUACCUAUAUAGCACAUAUAUGGCAGUACCCCCCCCCGGGACACAAAGAACUACAGUACAUACACAUUUUCAAAUUUACAUACAAAAAUCCAAUUAAUAAAUAAUUCAAUAAUUUGUGACAAAAUAAAUCUAUAAAACUCAUUAACCCGCGGACGUACAACGGCGGGGAGUUGGAUGCCACCCCCCUGCCCAUAAGGUUUUCUCCCAGAGGAUCUUUUCAGUAGCUAUUCGUUCAUCCCUCGCACAUAUUUUGAGUCAAGUUUAAUUUUUUGGUCAUGGUCCAUUUCUAUGGUUACGAGAUAUGACAUCAAGUAAGAGGUGGUCAAGCCAUUUUUGAGUGAAAGUACAUUUUUUAUCCAACUUUUUCAAAAAUAACUAAAUCUUGUGGCCAAAAUCAUACAAAGUGCUUAAUUGUGUGUUAUUUUUCAUCUGAAGCACAAAAAAAUCACCAUUUCUCACGAUUUUAACCUGAUUUCUAAUCCUUGGUAAAAUCCAAGAUUGCAACCAAGAUGGCAACCAUUGUUGGUGACGUCACAGGCCCCCAGCAGCACCACCACCCAUAAAAUAUACCUCAUCUUGUAGAGAAGAUGAAAGGCUUUCCACCAAAGGUAAAAUAUCGUUACAAAAUACUGCAACGUAUCAAAAACUCUGGGGAUGGGUUCCAUCCACCCAGUCCCCCCCCCCCCUUGUACCAUGGUGGGGGUAUGAAUUUGCUUGUAUGUCCGAGGGUUAAUAUAAUAUCUUAUAUUCAUAUCAUUAUAAAAUGUAAUGAAACCAUAAAAAUACUACCCUAAUUGCUUCAAAAAUAAUAAUAAAAAAGAUGAACAAGGUGCAUUUUUAUUUCAUAUAUUGGGUUUUGAGGCAAAUCUGAAUAAUAGGGAAAACAUAAUCUACCUAUAGAUCCACAUAUCGCAAAAAUAUAUUAACCAUUUAAUUGACUCAGUGAUAUUUCCUUCCACUUAUAAUGAGCACAACAUAUAUUAAAUUAUGUGGCUGAGAUUUGUAAGACAGUGAGACCCUUCCAUAUUACAUGUUGACUUAAUUAUAAUUCAACAGAUAUGCUCUUGUUGAAGUAUUUCACAGGACAUUAUACGAGAUGCAUUUGAAUUUGAAUUCAAGGAUCAAAUUAAUCCAGGAGAAGGUAUAAUUAGACAACCUUAUUCUUCCUAUAAUUUAUUACCAGUAGAUAUAGUGGGAGGAAAUCAAAUGUAUAAUUGAAUCCUGAAAGAAUAUUUGCAUCUUAAAUGUUAGUUAAGAAGUCGGAUGUAUUGUAUGUGUUUAGUUUGAAAAUUGAAGUUGGGAACACGUAUUGUCCAUAUAUUAAAUUUAAUUUAUUAUCAGUUGAUGUUACUCGAGUGGGGUGUAUUGACUGUUUUAAAUUCUAUUUGUGCUAACGGCAAUAAUUUAAAAUUCGUAACAGUGCCUUGGUCAGAUGUUCAAGACUCUGUGAGAACUGAGAUGGUCGAGUAUGUAAGAGAGAUGAUGUCAUCAAGUGGUGUGUCAUUACCAACAAGAAGCAUUAUUGGAAAAAGGAUUAAAAGAUAUUAUAGGAGUCAAAGACACCAAGCUCAAAUUAAGGCAGACAAGGAGAAAAGAAGGAGACAGCGGUUUCUUAACAAAAGGAACCGUCUAACAAUGGUAGGAUUAUACUAUAUUUUUUACUUUCAUACUCAAAUGGCUUAGAUGAGGGGAAAGUGAAUGGAGGGAUAUCGAGGUAGGGUGUUCAUGCCAGGACAAGUGAGGGACAGGAUUAAUGUAUUCUCCACUGCCUGGUUGUUUACAGCUGGCAGAUUAAGAUAAUUAACGCAGGGAUUAGUGAGAAAUUAAAUUUGAAUGAAUUCACAUAAAUAAAUGUAAGCUUAUUAAAGUGCCUAGCACAUGUACUUGUGUACACUACGUGUGCUUGCGAAUUGACUAAUGAUUGUUGCAUCACUUGCAUGUGCAUUAAUUCACGUGAUUACUGACAUCAGAUGGACCAGGGCCUUUGUGGUGUCACAUUCCAUGCAUUUCAAAGGACACAUCCUAAGAAUGUGGAUAGAUUCUGGAAAAACCUCGCUAUACAGUUACUGAAGUGCCACUGACCAGUUGUUAUUAUUGUAUCAUUAUUUAUAACUAUUAUAAUUAUUUGUUAACAAACUGCUGUUCCUUUCUUUCCACAAUGGCUUCAAUUAAUCAAUGUCUCAUAAAUGUACCAAAAUGUUAACUUCCAGGAAAAGAGAGACAGGGAAGUAAGGAAAGCAUUGGAAAGGGAGGAGUUGAGCAGUGAAGAGAUAAAGGAGCUGAGAAGUACGAUUGCCCCAGUGGAAGCAAAGGAAGUGGUAGUUUACGAUUCUGAGGAUGAGGAUGCACGCUCUGACCUUCUCCUGAAACGCAAGAUCAGUUUGGAGAGAGGCAGGAAAACAGCCAGGGAAAAUCAACGCAGGGGAAGUCGCCUGCUGGCUCUUCUUAGUGGUAAUAAGGCACCCAGUCAGCAAGUGUCUGUCAAAGACCUGAUGGAGCUGGCAAAAGAGAAUGUUCCACUGCCAGCAGCUAAGGCUCCAUCAGCUAGUCUGACCCCUCGGAGGUGCUGUACAACAUCUACUGCUGAUGCAGCCUUACGUGCACAACAAAAGAGGGGCAGGCUAGCAUUAACUAGAAAGCCUCAAACAAGCAUAGGUAAGUUAUCUUUGGGCCCAUCAAGUGAACGCAGCAACCUCAUGGUGGCUGCUGGGGCACUGCGCUCCUCACUGGUGGAGACCGAGGAUAGUUUAUCUAUGGCUGUUGACUCAUCACCAUUUCUCUUUCAGGAGAUUUUACUGAUUAAGGACAGUGUAAGUGAGGCUACAUGUGUAAGAGAUAGCAAUACAGACCUGCCAAUUGUGGCUAAAAUGUUACAAAGCCCCAUUAAGGUUAAACACUGGCACUAGCAUCCCCACAGAAUUUCUGUUUUAUAUUCAACAAGGUAACAUUUCGUUUCAGAAAGAUAUCUCCCCCAAAAAACAUGAGAUUGGGAGUCUUGUUGCGGGGCCAUGAGACAAGUGAAAAAUCAUGAGAGUCUUUGAAGCCAGAAUUGUGAGAGUUGGCAGGUCUGGCAAUAUUAAAAAUUAUAGACAUUUUUGGUCCAUUAAAGGAUCUUAUUUGAAAGGUUCGGUCUAAAUUAUUCUUUGGUUGUCUUUAAAAGACUGUGCUGUGUGAAAUUUAAAACACAAAGUGUAGUGUUCCAGCUAGUAUAGGUCACUGACACAAACCAGUAGAUCAACAACAGAAUGAUGUAUUAAUUAUCUCUUCAUUCCCAGAAUGAAUAAUGACUCUUGUACUAGAUUUAAAAUCUGCUGAUGAAAUUCUGUGGUAUGACCAUUCAAAUGAAACCUCUUUGGCAUAACUCUAGGCGCUAUCUGUUUUUUUAGCACUUUACAGAAUGAAAUUUAAAAAUCUUGUCAGAUACUUUUGACAAUUGCAUGCCAUUCUGGGAGAGAAGUGGUUACAAUUUAUAAUAUACAUGUAUAUAAGUAUUGAACCUUACAAUUCCUAAUAGUGACCCUGAACGUCAAUCAGUUCCUACUGGCAAUAUCAAUAUGUCAUCAAGAGAGAAGGUUCUGAGAACUUUCAUAGAAAUAGUCAUCUCCGAAGGGAAUAAGUUUUGAUCCUCUAUCAAAUUUUCUAUAAUGAGAUGUAUGGGAUAUCAUGAUCAGUCUCACAGAAUUUGUUUAUUGAUAUUGUCAGGCUUAAGGAGUAAAUACUGGAUUUCACUAGUCUAAAAAGAGGAUGUGGGGAAUAUGUUUUGAUCUCCUAUUUAAUUCUCUAAUUCUGACAUGAUAUAAUUGCUUGCUCAACAAAUGAAUUCAACUGGCUUUUAGCAGAAGGAUUAUCAAGUACAUUUGUGUAACACUUUCAUAAGUUCUUCUGGAUUUUGCACUUCCAUGUAUAUUUCGUCAAAAAUCCCUUCUCGAAGGAGCAAUUUCUCCCCUUUGGUCGACCAAAAAUGUUUCAACUUGAGUCAAAUCAAUUAACGCAAACAUUGUCACACAAUAGUAAGGAUUGCCACAAUCGCGCAAUUUGGCGCAUUGCAGCAAAAAACAAAUUUGUUAUUUUACAUUGUUUAUUGAUAUUUGUUCAUUAUUAAUUGGAUUUCACUGGUCUAUUAAUGUUUAUUAAUUUAAACACGAACUUGAUUAUCUUUUAUUAACAUUCAGACAACAUUGUUUUGUAUAUAUAACAUCGCCAUUAAACUUACGUUUUCUCGGACAGCUGUUAUCUACACUGAUUCCUUGUGUAUUGUUAUUUUUCCAUAUUGGAUUAUUUUUGAUCCGCACACUUCACAGUGCAAUUUGUGGGGAGACUCUGGAAUUUUGCUUAUGUUACUUCAGUUCACCAAGCAUUUUUCAAAUUGUUAUUAAAAAGGGAAAUGUUUGAAAAAAAAAAAAUGUAUCUGAGCAUAAUUUUAAGACCCAAAUAAACAAAAGCAAAAAUCAUUGUGAUGAUUUCCUGUAUAUUCACAUAUCUGGAAUGAAAGGAUUUGGGAAAUUCUUUAAUUUGGGGGAGGGGGGGUAUGAUUCCACUGACAGUAUACUCUCAAGCUACAAUGAGUGAUACUUUGAUUUUAACAAUGCGAUAGUGGGGGUUAUGAUUCCUCAAAUGAUUUAAUAAGUCUUGCAACAUCGUGGUUAUGAUUCUUAGCUAUGACAACACAGGUUAUGAUUCCUCAAAUGAUUUCAUAAAGCCUUUAAAAACCAGGGUUAUGAUUCCUGUGCCUGACAAAAUGAUAUGAUGACUUGGUGAAGCCUGGGCAAACCAAGGUUAUGAUUCCUCAAACACAUAAAAUCAUUACUGAAAUUACAAUUGGUUAUUUGACUAUGCCAUUUCCUGUGCGACGAUUAGCGCGAAUGUGGUUUCACCGUUUAUUAUCAUUAUCAUGUUAACAUUUUUUAUCAUCGAAUUCUAUUCUUUUGUAAUACUACAGUUUUAUUAUUAUGUUAAAAGCGUGUAACUUUCGGUUAGCUUGCGGUUGCAUUGGGACUUGCAGUUGUGGAUUAACUAUGACAAUAAUUUUGUUAUUUUAGUUCCCAGUGGUUUAAUUCUGCGAUUGUUUUUGUCAAAAUAAAUUGUCUUGCCUUGCCUUUGUUUAAACGGGCCAGUUAUAUAAUAUUUCUUUGCUAGUCAAGAGGAAAAGUACCUUUGAGAAUUGAAUGUGUCAUCCUUUUGUGCUAACUUUGUCAAUCAUUUGGACAUGCUUUGUUUACCUCCAAAACUGCAAGAUUCCGUGUAAAAAAAAAAUGAGAAAAAUGUUUACAAGAUAACAUUUACAAAAAGUAAUGCUAUUUAUUCUUUGAUUUUUUUCUGUACAUGAGAUCUGACCUUUACUGAUUCAAUGCUUGUGCUAAAUAAGCCCAGCUAUGGACUGAUUUCUAAAUCCUCUGUAAAGUAAAGUGGAAUCAUGAUUUUUCCUCUCGCAAAGAAAAAUAUAUCUUUGUCUCAGUUAUUGGUAGCUGGGGGAAAAAGGAAUCAUGCUUUAGUGGGGAAGGAAAGUCAUCUUAUGUGUAGUUCAAAUUGGGACGAUGUUUGAGAGUGAGAAAUCGAGAUAAAACUUUAUAAUUCCUUCAUUCAAAUAUCAUGAAAACUCAGUAAGUGAAUAACAUAAAAGAAAAUAUGGAGCACACUUCAUGUGGAUAAUUUCCAGGGCUCCAAAAAAGUUCCAUUCAGUUAUCCUCGAAAAUUAGACUUUCUUGCUGAGUAAGCACUUUGUUUAAGCUUAAUUGUCUGAUGGGCAAGGGCUGAGGCAGUUUGUCUUGUAACUAAAUCAUUUAAGGCCAAAUGUCAGACUUUUCUUGAGACGAACUUAGGGAGUUAAGUUCAUGAAAAGUCUGAUGUCUGGCUAAGUAAGAUUCAUCUAAGUGAGUUUGGAGCGUCCAACAUGUUCGAUCUGUCCGAGUCUGAAGAUCGACUGCAGAACAAAUUUUGAUCUUCACAUGGGACAAACUAAACUAACAAAUUGAAAAUUUGUAUCAGAAUGUAUAUUUAGCAGCAUUCAGGAGAAAAUUUAUUACAAUAUUGAUUUUUGGUCAGAUUCAGUUGAUUGAUUAUUUAUCCACAUAUUUUCCGUGAGAAUAGUAUAGUCAGGGGUUGCAAUAAGCACUGACCACUAAUGGAAGGCAUUGGCUACUUUGCUCAGGGCAGUCGGCUUUUUUUUCCCUGAAAAAGAAGCAAUUAGUUUUAAAAAUUUCGGAAACAACAAAUAAAUCAUUAAAUCUUAAUCAAAACGUAAGGGAAUUAUGAUGUGCUUUCAAGGUCCACUGAUAUGUUAUACUUUAGUUACACCAGAAGUGCUUCUGGUUACACAAAUGAUGAAUUUCAGUCAAUUUUUCCCACGUUUCUCUGUAGGUUUACCCAGAAUUUGUUUGUGUGCAAAUGUACUUAAUUUUGAAUAUUGACAUUUGUUCAUUGCUUGUAAGAAUUGAUUGUGUGGCAAUGAAACGUGAAUGAAAGCUAUAUUUUCUUGAAUGAAAAACACACUCUUCUGUUGUCAAUUUAGUCCCUGGAACACUGGAAAUGGCAGUUUAGGACUUUGAAAUUCCAAAAUGCUCUGGGGGAGCAUGCUCCCAGGGUCCCCACCUCUACUCCCACACCCCAGAAAAAGGGGACUAAUGUCCCUUUGUUGAUACAGUCAGUUACCCUAUUCAAACUGCUGGCUACUUCAGUUAUUAUUGAAAGCCCUGUAUAGUUCAAGAUGAGCUCUAAAAGAGUAUGCUGUCUUGUGAUGGGUCAUGCAAUUGGCUCAUAGGCUUACAGUAUAAUCCAGUUUUCUUGGUUCAUUUUCCAUUAAAACACUCUUAGCCUGUUUGUAUGAUAAAUACCAAUAAUCACUGUAUUCUGUUGUUUGCAGGACAUUUGAGCCGCUAUGGGGUGUCUUACGUGUUGCUACAGAAAAGCUUGCAAACGCACACAUGGCAGUUGUACAGGGAUUCCAAGAUCUCAUUAAAGAACUUAAGGAAUAUGGUGACAAACAAAAAGAAAGACAUAAACAGGUAAAGUGUCUUCUUCGCAAAACUUUCUGGCUUGACAGCUACUGUUUAUCUUGGACAGUCAUCCCUUGCCUUGCCAGCACCUCAAAGUUAAGGGCACUUUGUUACUGCAGAGAGCAGUUGAAUACAUGGCAAAGACUUCCGGAAGUUAGAGCAAAAAGUAAAGGUUCUCUGGGAAAGUCAUUUUUGCACCCCACUAACAGACACUGGCUCUUAAGGACGCUUACUUGUCCAGAGUACAUGUACAAUGUACCUGACCCCUUUAAUUCCCAAUUAUUUCCACAUACAAAUUUCCCAGACUGAUCUCCAUACAUUUUCUUGAAGAAUUAGUGGAGAGAAUUUGAUAAAGGAUCAAAGCAUUUCCCCUUUGAUAAUUAUUUUAUUGUCAUAACCUGUUUCCAUAAUGAUGUAUUGAUUUUGCUCUGAAAAACUGAUGUUUGUUACUCUUUAAAAAAGGCAAAUUCCAUUUUUUUGCUGGGUUUUUAUCUCGCCACGUAUGCAAGGACAUUCACUUUGUAAGUGUAGUUUAACCCUUUAAACCCUAACAUCAAAAUUCAAAUUCUCAUUUGUUAUCCCUAUACGUUUCCAAUAGAAACAGUGGGGAGAAUUUGUUGAAUUAUCAAUUACAUUCAUCUUGUGUGAUCAUGUCCUUAAUUCUCAUGACCACUCUGUUUUAUAAAGCACUGAUAUUACAUGGAGAAAUUUGACGCUGAUCACUCUUAGGUCUUAAAGGGUUAAAGUCUCUUAAAUCUCUUUCCGCUGUAUUUUAUUUUCUGCAGGCAAAAAGUGAGUUUAGCAGCACAGAGGAGAUAGUGCAGACCAUCCAGACUAUGACAGCUAACCUUGCCAAGGUAAGUAAUCUAUACCCAAUAAUACACUUAGCAUCUACUCUGCAGAAACAGAUAGUGUUCAUUUAAAAAAAUUAUCCUUUUUUGGACCUUCAGUAGUUGUGGUACGGCCACACUUCUAGUUGUCGUCAUUAAUUCAUUGACUCUCUUGAUUAACUUACACUGUAAAUUCUCUGGAUGAAUAGAACUUCAUGCAGAAUGUUUGCAUGAUUAAAAUUUGGCUAUUAACUCCUCUCACUUUUUUCACAAAACUAUUAUAAUGGUUACUGCAGCGACAAAACUGGGGCUGCUGACCUUAAAAUAGUACAUUUUGUUAAGUCUGUCGAAGUUGGGUCAUCAGUGAAAUCAGCUGUAAAAAUUAACAGCUGCAGCAUGUGUUCUUACAGCCUCUGUUGUUGUUUCCAAAUAAAUGUCUAUAUUUUAUUAAGAUGCCUUUUAUCUUUAUCAUCACUAAUUGAUGUGGAUGGUGUGUUACUAAUGUUGCUCAGCGAUUAGCCCAACUCUGUGUACUGUACGGCAUCCUCAAAAACUGUCAUUGUGACUAUUAUCAGCAGGGGAUUAAAACUGUCUGGCAGCUGCUGAAAUUGUAUAGUGUUUAGCUCUUAUAGCAGCAUCCUGCACUACACUAAAGCACACUAAAGCACGCAUCUGUGUGAUUAUCUUCUGAUGACCAGAAAUAUGUUUUUCUUUUGCUCAAAGUCAAAGGAAAUGUACUACGUCCGGUGUCAUGAGCUCGAUAAAUUCAGAAAGGAUGGCUCUAGUGCUAAAGAAGUUGAAAAGGUUUGUGGGUUUUGGAUACUUAAAGUAUGUCAUAGUAUAAUAUCAGGUCCUGUUUUGUCAUUAAUCAUCACAAGUUUUGUCUACGCUGCCUGUUAGUUCUCUGUAUAUCGAUUGUGGAAAUACCUACCUUAAAUCACCUGUUAAAUGUUAAUGGCCAUGGAUAGCAUGUUAAAUGUCUUGAGCCUUUUUGAGUCACACAAUCCAUUGUGUCAAAAAAGAUUAUUGAAUGCCAAUGGAAGGAACAUGGACUUGUAGAUUGUUUUUUGAGAAAAGAGAGACACCAUCAAUAUCUACUUUUUUUGACCCAGCAAUAAUCUUCUCUUGACUCUAAGAGGCUCUGUGCUGGCUAAAGUGUGUUGCUGUCAUAGAGACAUUCUUUUUGCGUACAGCUAGCCGUAGGAUUUGGCUUGUAGUGCCAGGCAAAUUGAGGCAUUUACUGGGUAAAUUAACUCUCACACAGUGGGAGUUGCUUUUCAUGCUGAUUGCAGAGUUGCAUAUAUUUCAUUUAGUAAAUUCCAAAUAGACCUUUCCUGCGUUCUGCUCUAGUGAGCAAACGUAAAGAAAUGAGGUUGAGGUGGGGCUGGACAAUUUCAUACAAAUCACUAUAUGUUGUUCACCCAAGCCUCGAGUUGGUGCCUUUAUUUACAGGAAUGCAGAAAAGUCUAUUCCCCCAAAUGCUUACUCAAGUUUAUGCUAUGUUUUGUUGCUGUUUAUGUAACUAAAAAACUCGGACAUUAGAAAAUGGUCUCACAUCUGCAGGCUGCAGUUUGAUCCUGUGAGAGAGUUAUUAUGUGAUGAAAAAAGAGAUAGGUAUAUGUUAUUUUGGACUUAUGGCUUGCCUUUUUUUUCAUCUCAUAGGCUGAAACAAAAGUAAAGAAAGCAGGUAAACUCAUUCUCUUGUUUUUUUUUGUAUCUUUUAACCUGUGCCGUAACACUUGUUUCUCAAUUUGUUGUAUUUUAUUUGUUUACGCAGCUGAAGAGUACAAGAGUCUGGUGGAAAAACGAGAAAUUAUUAGAAAUGAAUUCCAUGACAAAAUGGUGGAAGCGUCCCAGGUAGGGUCAUUGAAUAAAAUCCUAAGAUAUCUUCUUACACUUUUCAUGUGGUGUUUCUAGUUUACUCCAUUUUCCCUGAGUGUUAUUGGUAAACUUUUUUUCCUGAGAUGCCCCCCCAAAAAAGGAAAAAAAUCAUUUUUCUCAUAACAAACUUUCUUGUGGUCAAGAAUACAAGUCUCUUUAUUGUGCUCUUUCUUAGAGAACAUCUCCCUAAAACAGACAUUCAUAUACUGUAGACUUGGUCCCUUCUGUUUUGUCAAUCAUUUUCUUCUCUCUAUACUUUGCAGAAGUCCUGCUAAGAUGGAUUUAUACUUAGAAAGUUAUGGUGGUCCCAGUGGUGUCCAUCUUAGAGAUAAUUUACCACAUUGUAACAUUCAAAAUGGCCAAAAUGUUGUUUUUAUUUUUAUUUUUUGUUGUCACAAAUUGAGUCAAAAGAAGUAACAUUUGUGGUCUGGCAUUAUGCCAAAAAAAAAAUCUAAGAUGCAAUUUAUUUUCUUCCUUGAGUGAGUGAAUGAAUGAAAGUGAAUGAAAUAUUGUGGAUGAGAAGACAACAGAUGGCCUCUUUACAUUAUGUGUGCCUUGUAUAAUUUAUGUCAAACGUUUCUCCUGUUACUGCAGAAAUUUCAGAAGAUUGAUGAAGAACAUCUUAAAGUAAUAAUUGGUUACCUGGAGAAGUAUAUUGAGUCUCAGAAAAAGGGACAGGUUCUUGUAGAAGGGGUAAUUAUUUUUGUUUUAUUUUCCAUUUCUGUGUGUUGGUGUUAAGAUUAUCUGUAAUACCUCAGUGCACAAGGUCCAGAGUUUGAUCUCUGGUGACAAUACAUCCUUGCUUCAACGUCUCUCCCUUCUGUGUAGCUUUAUCUAGUUUAAAAUACCCUUAAAAUGGAGCAUGGAUGGAAAGAGGUGGGGGGGGGUUGGAGUGAAAUUUCAGAGCGCACCAUCGACCUUAAGUUUAUGAGUUGCAUUACAGCAACGAAUGAUCAACAUUAAAUAUGGUUGCUAUACCUUCUUUCCUUUUACCUUUGCAGGUCUACAAAGAAUUCUUAGGCCAAGUAAAGGCAUUAACAAUUCACCAUCUGCUUGACCAGUUUGUUAGAAGCAAGGGCACUGGGAAGGCUAUUCCUGGUAAAAAUUAAAAAAAAAAAAUGAUUGAUAGCACAGUACAUAUUGGAAAUAUUUGCUUGUAUGUACUUUUGAGUGUUUUUUUUUGUUGUUUUCUUGAAGUUGUUAGAAUGGUUUGUUAUUGUGAAGCUCUUAAAAUUACAAUUGGCGACUAAAUUAGUUGAGAUACUUUGCCCUACAGGGCCUUUAUUUCUCUCCCCCGCAGAGGCGCAAAGAGGUCUCUGUGGAUGGGAGAGGGGAUUUUCUGACUUUUUACUGUUUUCACAAGGAGGAAAUAGAGCCUUCCCUCCCCACCCCCUCCAUGCUGCUGUGCUACUGUUCGAGCUACCUGUAGGAAACAACAAACACCCCAACUUUGAAUAGAAGGGAGGGGGAGGGGCGUGGGUUGUUUUUAUGUCUCAACAAUAUUUUGUCGCGGAUUGCAGCAAGUGGCUUCAACAAUAAGUUUCAAUAAAGUUGAAGUAGGGAAAACACUCAGAUGGGCUGGGCAAGGCAAUGUAUUUAACAAGCAUCCUUUAUACAGUGUAGUUCUGAGUUUCCCACAUAUUUUUGUUAUUAGAUGGUACAGGAAGAAAUGGUGCUUUCUUGGUGUUACUUUCAUGAAAUAAUGUGAAAUGAAAGAUAUGAAAAGUUUAAGAACAGUACCCUUGAAUAAUCAAACAUCAGGAAAUUAAGCUAGUUAAGUGAUUCAUUCAUCAUCUGUUUCAUAAAUGUUGAUCAUUUUGUUUUGUUCCACAGAUGUGAUUACCUUUGAAGAGUACACAGGUCAAGUUGAGACUACUGUCACUAAUAAUCACUCACCCAGCUUAAAUGCUGUCAAGCAUCAUCCAUCAGGUACUGAUUAUGCAAGGGUAUAUUUUCCUUUUCAUGUGACGUACAUGUGAUUGGUACCUGUGAUGGAACUUGUCAUGUUACAAUGGACAGAAUGUCAGUUUUGAUACUCUUACUGUAGAAUGCAAACUCAUGAGCUUAAAAUUUGUUGUUGCCAUCAUGAAAUGAAGAUUAUGUAUUUCCAAGUACUGAUUUUCAUGGCCUUUUUUGCAGGAUUUCCCAUCACACUUAAGAGAGUAGAAAAGAAGAAGAAGCAGAAAAAGAAAAAGAAAGAAAAAGCUCAAAAUGGACCUGUGUAAGUCCUAGUUUGUAGAUCUUCCCCUGUUCUGAAAAUUAUAAUUGGAAUUUCAAUGUUAUUGUGAUGAGUCGUCAUUUGAAAUAAUUAUGAUCAGUCAUUUAUUCAUUUUUAUUAGAAUAAAACCAUUCAAUGGUUAGUACUUGUGUAUGUUUGUUUAUUUGUUUUCUUUUUGCCCUAUUGGUAUGUUGUAUUCAUUUGAUACUUCUUCUAAAGAGUAGGUUACACUUGAAAUGCAAGUCAGCACCUUCUUUUAAGAGCUAAUUUUUGUACAAAUCAUGGAAGGAAGUUUGCUUGUUACAAAAAAGCUACCUUAUUAUAGGAAAUUAACGCUCCAUGAAAUUAACGCGAAUCGUUAAAAUUCGCGUUAAUUUAAGUCGCGUUAAUUUUGUUGAGCGUUAAUUUCCGCGCUCUUAAUUUCCAGUAUUUUAACCCCAAUUCUGGAAUCUGUCCAGACAUUCUUGACACCUAAAAAACAUUAACUACAAGCUUUCUUUCUUUCAAUUAACCCUUUAUUUUUCAUCUUUCACAAAAGCUAGGGCAAAGGUUUACAAUUAUAUUUCGAGUUAUCUUCAUCGUUGCCGCUGUCCGAAGUGAUGUCAAUAUCUUCUCCUUUGAUUUUGCAUAAUUAAUCGCAUUAAUCUCCUUUAUCAUGAAAUUCUACCUCCUCUUUCGCGUUAAUUUUCUUUAUUCGAAAGUCGUUUUCCAUUAAAUUCGCGUUAAUUUAAGUCGCAUUAAUUUCCAAUACCUUAAUUUCAUGGAGCGUUAAUUUCCUAUAAUAAGGUAUUUCAAUGUCUUCAUGAAGGAGUGAUCUCAGACCCAAAGAAGGGAAGGGGGCUCGCAACCAUUAAACUGUUUUAGGCCUGGUCACAUGUAUACAGUAGAUGUAACAUAACUAAGACAUUUCUGUGUUACACUGGAUAAUCAAUAUUUAUUACCACUUUGUUUUGCCAGUGACUCGCCAUCAAAUGGAGGAGGAGAUGCGGUAUGUAUUCAGGGCUUUCUUCCUUUAAAAACUGUAUUUUGCUGUGUAUAAUUUUGAUAGAUUAUAAAUGGUUUUUUUGUUUUGUUUUUGUUUUUUUUGCAGUCAUUUGAGGUAGAUGAAGAAGGCUACACUAUACGGCCACCUGAUGCAGAGAGUAUCCUUGUGUCCUUUUUCAAGUUAUGCUAGUCACAUAACUAUUUAAGUCCAGUUCCAACUUUAGUUCCAAAACAAAACCAAAAACAUAGGUUUUUGCUUAAGUGACAUUCAUCUGUGUUAAAAUUGGCUAAAAGAUUAAUUUUUGCAACUCCAGAGGCUUAGUAACAUUAGUUGCAGUUUUGAAAGUACAUUGCUACUAACAUAUUGAUUACCAGACAUACAUACUACCAGCUCUAAUGCCCUCUGUUCAAACUGCUCAGGCAUCCCAAUGCAUCCCUGACAAGAUGUUGUGUCAGAUAGUGUUUUUAGACAAAUCUCACAGGCUUGUGUGUAGAACAGCAUGCCUUAAUUUUUAAUGACAGUGUGAAGAUCUAGUGUUGGCAGUGCUUGUAGACGAAUCUCACAGGCUUGUAUAUGGUACAACUUGCCGUGAUUUGUUGUAUGCUACAAAUGUCAUGUUGUUGUAAUGAUGCUUAACAAUACCAAGGUGCAAAGUCAGGUGGAAACAGUUCAUCAUCAGAUUCAGAUUCAGAUGAUGGUAAGUAAUUCAAAAAUAGAUAAUUAACUACACUUCAUUGCAGUGCCGUCACUGUGCCUUAUUCUUAAAAUUAUUUUGCAGUUUCCAAAAAAAUGCAAAGUAUCGUACUUGGGGGUAUACACCACAAAAUAAUGUUUUAUAUUCAUUAUAGUUCAUAGGUGCUGUUAUGACUAAUUUCUUCAGUAAUCUCAUCUCUAUCCCUAUGGAAAACUAACCUUUAUAAAUUGGGUUAUUCCAGAAAAAAAUCCACCCCCCGACGGAUGGGGUCUUUUUAACCCCCUCUCACCUGGAUUUCCUGAAGCACAAGCCCCCCCCCUCCCAACUGGAUUUCCAAGGUGGAAGGCCCCCCCCCUCCCGCCUGGAUUUCCGGGAAAAAAUAAAAGGCUUAAAUUUAAUUUAUUUUUAAUGGAAAAUACAUAAAAACACGUCUAAAUGUUUUUGUUUUAAUUUCUAAAGCUUCAGCUUAUAUUAAACUAAGAAUUCUAUCGCGUGGAACUAAAAGCGAAAGGAGCAAAAACAAAAAUGCGAAGCGACACCUGAGCAGUGUUUACAUAAUUUCUUAGCUUAUAAAAAUCACUCUUCGCUCUUGGCGGGCUCUGGGUACAGUAGAAAUGUGUCAGGCGUUUGACGCUCUUCGUGACAACAACGUUGCGACGAGUUCCUUCAGGCCCGUUCUUUAGUAUCUUGUUUGCGUUUUCUGCUAUAAAAGGACCUGUAAAGCAACUUAGAUUAUCAUUUAUGUCAGGUGAGAAAUAUAUGAACAAAACAUUUUGACUAUUUUCAGGGUCUGAAAGCGCUUAAGUGUCAUCGAAUAAACGUUUGAUUUGUAUCAACUAUCGGUCGAAAUGACCCCUGCAGAAGACUUUUUUAAGGUCAACCCCCCCUCCCGCCUGGAUUUCCGGAGUCUUCGACCCCCCCUCCCGCGAGAAUUUCCAGAAUCCCAUCCGUCGGGGGGGUGUGGAUUUUUUCUGGAACAACCAUUAGCAUUAUUAUGUUAAUGACAGUAUUAAAAUUGUCACAAUGGAAAGUAGAGUACAGCAGAGGCGAGUCAAGUUGGAACUCACUUGGGUGACCCUUGACAAUAAUAAAAAACUUGUAGACGAAAACCCCCCAGACAAUAUUAUUUAUCAAUAACAGUGGAGAGGGGGCACAAGUGAUUUUUUUAUGCUCCUCAGCUGAGGUAAUGUAUUUUGAGAAAAGUGAAAUUUAAUACGACAUUUUAACAAGCGCAUCUUGUUUUCCUUUCAAGAUGAGCCUCGGAAGUUGCAAGUUGUUAUUAAUCCUGUGGAAGCUGAUAGAGUUCCACAGACUGCUUCUGUGGAUGAAAUAAAGAAAAUUACUGGAACCCUUAGUCUUUCUUCACCAUCAGCUAUGGUAAAUGCCCUUUAUACUCUAGAUCUCAGUUUAUGAAAGAUUAGUUUGUAGUAAUAACAUUGUUAUAAGUCCUUGUGCAAUUAAUUAGUUUGACGUGAAUUUCAAUCUUUAAAGGUCAUGGUUACAGUAUUCCUUGUAGAUGUGAAUUGGAGUCUAAUUUUUUUUUUGUUUUGUUUUCACCAGAGAAAACAUUUAAGUUCUUCAUCUAGUAAGUAUAGAAAGUUAAUUUUAAGUUUUGUGUUGUGUGUUGUGUAAUUCUUUCUGAGAACACUUCUAAUAACUGGAGAUUUUAUUCUCAACUUGAAACUGUCCUUUUUCAGGUGAUGGAUUGAGAAACCGAUCAAAAUCUACAGGCCCUUCAACCAUAAAACUGUAAGAAUUUUGUCUUAGUAUGUUGAACAUGAAAAGUGAAAAAAAAAGUUAAAAAAUUAAUUUGAGGAGUUGGGUGCACAUCACGCUCACGGUGAAUAAAUCAAUAUGGCAAGCAAAUGAGUUUAGUCCUUGGUUCAAGUUUGUUCUUUUUUAAAGUAAAAGAUGGUUUGAACAGCCUUGGCCCUUGCACAGUAACUGUUAUUUUUCCGUUCUGUCUGCAAACCAAAGGAAGUCCUAUAGUGUGACCAUUAAAAUGAAAGCAGCCUACUUUAGUGUGGUUCUGUUUAUUAUGGCCUACAAGGUGCUUCUAACUUUUGAGACAAUGGAUGAAACUCUCAAGUGUGGCCAUUCAAAAUUUGAAUGAAAGCUACUGAGCAGUACUUCCCUGUGGUACUGUUUAUUAUGCUGUGGAAGGUGGUUCUAACUUUUGGAUGAGGAUGGAACUGUAAGCAUUCAAAUGAAAGCUACUGGGUUUUGCUUUCCUUUGGCACUGUUUAUUAUUAUGCUCUACAAGAUGGUUCUAACUUUUGAUUUUGUUGAUGAAAUACUGAACUGUUACCUUUCAAAAUUAAUGAAAGCUACUGAGUUUUACUUUCCUGUGUCAGUGUUAGGUGAUUCUAUCAAAAAUAAAAACAGCAUUACCACUGUCAAGUUCCACAUGUGGAAAAGUUGAUUUUAUCGAAUAAAAUUUUGUGAUGUUUUCGGUAUAUUGGACUGGUAAAGGUUUAAUUUUACUGGUUUUCUACUUUCUGCUUUACUGUUUUCCUCAGGUCUCGUUCAAGUGAUGACCUGCUGGAUAUCGAUUUUAGCCAAACCAGCUUUCCUUCUCAGAGCAGUGAUGCUGGGUCACAACGAAAUUCUCUUCAUCUGUCACCAAGUGACAUGAAAACCAAAGCUGAAACGGAGCAGCUAAAGUCUCAAAGUGCUGUAGAUCUACGAUCCUCUGCUGUGACAUUACCCUCUUCUUCAAGUAUAGGUGUGUAAAAUGAGUGAUAUAAUAGGUGUAAAUACCGUAAGCAAAUUUAUGCGAAUCAAUCUAGAAACCAAUCAAGACAGAGAGCUGAAAUUUUUAGCUGAUAAAUUUAAGAUCCUGAAAGUCAGACUAUCCUGAAGAAGUGUACUGCAGUGUUCUCACCACGAUUUUGCCUUGGGGAGUCCCAGGGCCCCCUCUUCUGAGAAAUAGGGGCCCUGUAAGAACAUUAGGGGGACAAAGUUACAAAAAACACGCGGUACGAAGAACCUGAGCCCGCACUCCAAAAUUAAUUGUCUGUUACAUGAAGUACCUACCUGAUCCAAUAUGGCGGAAGAGGUGUUUACGAUUCGGAGGAGGAGUUUACGAUGUAGUGGGACGUGCGUGGGACCAAUGAAAGUAAAGGCAACAAAAUUAAAGACUUUGACUCAUUUGAUAUCAUGUUUUUUUAUUUAUUCAAACAAACAGAAUGCUUUAGUGUUAGGGUGACCAUUAAAACUACUUAAGUCUGUUUGACUCGUAGCUUGCCCUUGCGCCCUAACGGGCGCAUCUUCUUGGUUUUAAUGCGCCAUUUCAGUUUUUUCUUGCGGGAAUCCCGCAAGGCCGCGGCCUGGUGAGAACACUGGUACUGUAGUAAAAUUUUUGGUUAAAACUUCACUUGACUGUAGGGAUGAACCCUCUGUUACUGACACAUCUAUGACAGAGAUGCUAACCUCUGCAGAUCAUAAUUCUGGUGACUCUCUUUUUCGCACCACUCCCCCCCCCAACCCCAAAUGUCAAUGCACCCUGCCCCUCCAACCCCCCAAGGAAUUCUUUGCUAACAUGUUUCCACUAUGACUUUUGUUUGAAGAUUUUAAUGAGAGCAGAGAACCAGAGUAUGCCGAUAUUCCACCUGUACUUCCAGCUAAAAGAGGAAGCUUAGUCCAAGAAGAAUCAGCCGACAAUCCGCCUCCUUUACCAGCUAAAAAAGGAGCAACAAGUACCUCAAGUGUAGGGGAACUAUCUCUAGCAGGAGGUGAUUUGCUUUGUUUUCUUUCUGUAUCUUUUAUUAUUGUUGUGAAAAAUGAAAUAAUCAAAUGCAAAUUUAAUGUGCUUUGUUUGUUGCCAGAGCGCAGCUGGGUUAGCUUAGUCCAUAGAGUGCUUGAUUGCAGAGCAGGAGGCAGUUAAAGUGAAACCUUAUCUUACAUACAUCCAGGCCCAUUACUCAGAAUGUUAAAAUAACUGAGAAAUGAGGGUACCUCCUUUGCCCAGCAAACUGCUAGACCUUUGCUUUUCUUGGGUGAUCACAUAAAAUGUUAGUUCAAUCUCCAGAAGAAGCUGUAAAAGUAGUGUCCUCAAUGAUUAAUAUCAUGCUAAGUACUUUACACUUAAGGUGGCUGAACACAGUUUUGCGGGCAGUCAGCGGUAACUCACAUGAUACCACGUGUUUUAAAUUAGACAAACAAACAUGGCGGCGAAAAAGUGACGGCACACAGAAGACUAUUUCUCAAAAUCUACUCAUCAAAAUUUUUUGAUAUCUGGCAGAAUUUUUACUUUUAUCAUAUUUUAAUGAGAACUUUAAAAUGGAAGUUGAAUUAUAGACAAAUUUUGUAAUGCAUUUAAUAAUUACAGUACAAUAUUUUAUUAUUAUUGAUUAUCUAAAAACCCGUUUGUUAAAAUUUGGUCAAAUAAGUUUCAAAUGGUGAUGAUUAAUUGUAGUAAGCUGUGUGCAAGUUUAUAGGAAAAUGUAAUGAGCAAAUUUUAUGUAAACUGAGCAAAAUUGAAUUGUUCAUGUUGCCAUGGAAACUUUGAAAACGUCAUAUUCUACCUGUCAAUCAAAAUCUUUCAUCAGUAUAUAUUUCACUUGCCAAGUUUCAGUUUGUGAGCUGCAAUCUUGACAAAUGACAUAUACUCACUAACUUCCAAAACUGUGAUCAGCCACCUUAAAGGAAGUGCAUUUUAUUCACAUGAACAAUCAUUGUCUGUGAAAUUUUAUUCACAGUGACAGAAGUAGCUACCAAUGACACUGGAAUCACUUUCUCCGCUGCGCCAACAGGGCUAAAUGACAGUAGUAAUUCCCUACUGCUCAAGCCUCCUCCAGGUUCAGAGAUUCCUCGUUCUACAUCUGUUAGCAGUGCUUUACCAAGACCACGACCCCAGGUAAAAUUUUCUCCCAUGCUUGUUGCAUCAUAACACUACCUUCUCUUUGUUUCAUUAGCAUUAAGCAACUAAGAAUUUUCCUGACUCCCCCCCCUUCCCCCACCACUCCAUGAUGCAAUGCUAGUCCAUAUAACAUAGUUACAGGGGUCAGUUGCAUAAAUCAUGUUGUUUUUCUUUAGAAUAUUUUGCUGUUUCUGAUUGGCUCCACCCCCUUGGUUAAUUUUUCAUUUCCAUCUGACGUUAAUCAGAAAAUAAUGCUAUUCACUUCAUGACACUAUCCACUGGAUAGAGAAUUAUCGAGUGGAUAGCAUUAUCCACCCAUGGUAUUAUUUAACAACAAAAUCUGUUUAUUUGCUUAUUCCUCAGCCACGCCCAUCCGCACCAUUACUAUUUCCUCCUGGUCAGAGCGCCAAACCUUCUUCAACCGGAACAUCAUCGUACUCAGCUGAACUGUUUAGCUGUCUAGCUGACUUUGCACCAGUGAAUACUGCUGCGGAAACAUCAGAGUCAGUAAACAAUUCACAAGCAAAUGAAAACUCUACUGCGACUGUCACCUCUGAUAAACCAACUGUCUUAAGCCAAAUGAACAACACAUCAAGCACUGUAGGACAGACGCUUAAUAGGGCAACAACAACAUCAUCCAUAGGAGGUACACAGGAGAAUGUACCUGCCUUGGUGAGGUCAAAGACCAUAGGUGGACUCCCCACCAUGUCGAGCGUGGUGUUUGCCAAAGGGGCAGCUGGUACUGUCCUUGGCAGAAAGGAUGAUAGUCUUCCUAUCGCAGUGGCUUUUAUUGAAUCUGUCAAUGCAUUUUUUCGGGGUAGUGAUCAAAGCAAGUAAGAACACUUUUUCUCUGUUGGUAAAUAUUUAAUCUUUAAUAUCAUAUCCAAGCCAGCUCUAGCCUGCGUAGCAGGCUCAAGAAAGAACGGGUACAUGAGAGGGAGACUCCCUCUCGUGCACCUCCCUCCCUCUUCUCCCUCUUCUACUUUUCUGUUUUCGUGCAAAGUUUUGGAAAUGAUACUUUUGUCAUGAUGACAAAGUGGAUGUUAGUAAUGGAUGUACAUGUAUGCUGUAAUCAAAAACCUGUGGGGAAGUUUACAUUUGCAUCAGAGUGAUUAUCAACUCCACACAGACUCUGGUUCUGGUGUUACAAUGCAAAUUGUGGUAAGAGUAUUUUUUUUCUCUGUUUCAGGUGUAUGGUGAAGGUGACUGGUGACAUAACAGUAUCUUUUCCUGCCAGUGUUCUGCCGCUGCUUUAUGACACAGAGAAUGCUCCUCUGCUUAGUUUUCUUGUGCGAGGAACAUCCUGUCUUGAGCAAAUAUUACCGAACAAGGCCCUUAUUAACAGGUAUUGAAAACUGAACAUUUUAAUACUCAGAUAUGUACAAGGUGCUUUUAACUUUUAACUGACUGGACAAAUCCUUAAAAUUUCUAUUCAAAUGAAGCUACUUAGCAGUAAUUUCCUGUGGUACUAUACUGUUUAUUAUACUGUACAAUGUGGUUCUUCUAGUCUUCAAUGUCUUCUUCUAGUCUUCUAGUUUCUAGUCUGUGGAUGGAAUCCCGUUGUAUGACCAUUCAAAUGAAAGCUACUGAGUAGUACUUUCCUAUAGUACUGAGUAGUACUUUCCUGUUGCACUCAACCAUGAAUCUGUCCCUUUAAUCCAAAAGUUGCUGCAUACAAUUUAGAUACUUUUGAAUGGAGGUCAGCUUUGGGAAAAAGUGAAAAGAGUACCUCUUCUUGUGGACUAUUUUCGUACAACUGUACCGCCUGCAGUACAUUUCAGUACCACCGAAGUUAUAUCAUUUUAUUUCUCUCUUUCAGCAAAGGGCAACUUAGCGGUGGCGAUGGUGUUAGUUAUGACUUCAAUAUGGCAUCAUUGGCUGAUCAUCUUAAAAAACAGUCCGAGCAGGGAUCAAGUACCUACUACAAUAUUGAUAUUAUCAAAUAUGAGGUGAGAGUGAGUUGACAAGAGGUUAAUUUUUUUUGACCAAUUCAGAGUAACUGUUCAUCCUUUUGUUUUGUUAUAAUCACUCUAAUUUGACAGACCCACCAUGUGAAACUUUUGGUUGCAUUAAUUCUUUAUUUUUCUUUUAUUUGUAUGUGUGUGUGUGUGUCAAUUUUUAAGUAAUUUGCUUCUGCAAAGAGAAGUUUUACACAGUCAAACGUCUGUUAAACAGCUACACCCUCCAGCUAUUUAGUGUCUUGAUAUCAGACUCAGGGGCAGAUCCAGGAUUUUUGUUAGGAGCAGGUGCCCCACUUAGGAUUGGCGUAAUUGACUGGUGAAGUAAACAAAUUUUAAAAGCGAAUAUGAAGAAGGCUUUUGCCUAGGCAAUAACAUGAUAUGCACUGCUGAGAAAACAUAUCAUACAUAUCUCUAUAUUAUGCAGAAUACCAAUAAUAUUUUAUUAGAAAGCCGCAGGUCAUCUUCGGGGGUGGGGGGGUGGGAGGCACCCUACCACUAGAUCUGCCCCUGAGAGUCUCCUUAUGAACAAAGCUGUCAGUAAAUCAUUGGGAACUGACCUGCAUUACCUAUAAGCCGCAAACCUUUGCACAAACGGGGCACCUCCCCCCAACCCUUUUCCAAGGGUGGUAGCUUAAUUAAAUAGAGAUUUGACUGUAGUUUGUGUGACACUGUGCUCAUGCUCCACCUCUCUCUAUUUUUAAGGUAAAAACAAAUGGUUUUGCUACAACUCCACUUCAGUUAUGUAGUUACUGGAAAUGCGAAGAGGAGUCAACGGACCUCAGAGUUGAUUAUCGUUAUAAUCCUGCUUGUAUGUCAGCUCCUAGCUCCAUCAGCAACUUGUCUGUCUUAGUUCCAGUGAGUGGUGGAGUCACCAUUAUGCAGUCCAAGCCAUCGGCUACUUGGUAAGUCUUAGAGCGCUUUUCAGUUGAGUGUCGAAAACCAAAACCAAAGUAAUCACAAUGGCCAACCAGAGUAAAGGAAUUAUCAGAGGGAGCCAAUGGCAAUUCGAAGUAAACGCGUGUAACCAGCCUGUAGUGCGGGAAAACGCGAGUGACCAAGGAGCGAUUGGUUUUAGUUUACAUCUGAUUGACAGAGAGGGUGGCGCGAGUUUUCUAGACCAAUCAAACACCACAGUAAAGCAAAACCAAUUCCAUCCUGGAUUACUUUCAACACUCAAUUGAAAAUUGCUCUGUUAUCUUAAAAGUGAACGUAAUACUCUGUGACCUCAAGAUUACAAAUUAGAGGUUGCUUAUGACAGCCCUGAUUGGGGUUGUUUAAAAGGUGGAUUGAGCACUAUUCACUGGAAAAUGCAUUUGGGUUCCCUAACAUUUUAUCCACUGGAUAUAUCACUAUCCAGGUCAUUAAGGGCAUUAACCUCUAACACCUGUUACCGCUGAGCUCACUUAAUGUUACGGGUGAUCAAAGUGGAAUGCUUAAGGUGACAAUAUAAAUAUUAUUGUGAGAUGUUACAUGUGAAUCUUCAUUCGCUAUGGCUGCUUCAAAGUUUACUGACAACCCUGGUGAGAUAUCUGGUGGAUAGCCAUGUCCAAUGUUUGAACAACCAGGGCCCAAUAUUGUAUACAUAAUGAAAGGUUUUAUGGUUAUACAGCAGGUUUUGGGUGUAAUUCAAAAACAUACAGAAUACAAACAUGAAAUUCAACCCUGUUGAUCCGACUGCCAUUGGGCUAUAACGUCCUAAUCAUUUUUACAGGGUGGUGAAGCUAGUGUGGUCUUCAAAAUGAACUAGGAUUCAGAUGUUUGUGCGAAAAUAAUAUGGUCAUUUUGAACUGGAUAGUUUUAGUAUGACAAGUGUUUUGAAGAUUGUGGUAGACUUAAUUUACACUUCAAUUUUGCAAAAGGCAUUUACAAAAUCUCAACACUAUCGUCAAUGAAAAAAUUAAUACACAAUCUUAAAUGGUGGACAUCAUUAUUCAUGGACACAUGUACACUUUUCUAUCUAAUAGAAAAUGAGAGUUUAUUCAAAGAAGCAUCCAGUCACUGUAAAUCUCUCUGAAAAAUCCUUCCAUAAUCAGUACGGGUGUUAAUACUGAUGGCAUGUUGAUUUUUAGGUCCGCUGAACACCAGAGAGCAUUGUGGAAACUCCAGGAAGUCUCUAGUACAACUGAAACACAAGGUAUGUCCAUGUUUUAUGUGGGCUGCAGCACUCAACUUGCUUUUGGAGAGGAGCAAUGAAUCGUGUAACUUUUCCUGGUAGCUGUGUGGCUCAUGAGAACAGUUUUUUGGGGAAAAAUUUCCAGGGGUUAUGGGUUUAAUAGAUUCAACUGUAUUUUUUUAAUACUCUAGUCUUGUCAUAGUACUUGAAUAAUCAUUGAUACAAAGAAAAUAGAGGGGAGUAUUGUGACGUCAACAGAAGUUACCAUGGUAGCCAAAUUUCUGGAUGACAACAGCAGGGCCGAGAUUAAGCAACGGCGACGGCGACAGUAACAAGAUUAGCAAAAACAAAAUGGAUAGGUUAAGAUCAGCAAAACAACAUCUUUGCACAUGCAUCACGCUUUCUUUUGUACAUUUCUUAACCGUCGUUGCACAACUGCAAUAUGAAACUUCCUAAUUUAACGUGCCCGCUUUACGGAGUAGGUGAACACAAACACAAAAAGUUUCUUUUUCUUUUUUAAAACUCAUGUGCAGUCCUUUCGGAUUAAAUCCAGAAAAUUUUGCCAACAUUUAACAAAUUAAAUGAAACUGAAUAAGAUCGAUGAAGUUUGAAACAUUGGGAAUUUACUUUUUGAGUGAAUUUGCGGUUUGUUGUUAGCCCAAAAUUUGCUGCCAUGGCAACGUGACAUAAGGACUUCUCCUCUCUAUUAAGGGAUAUAAUGACUGUUAUUUUCCUUUUCUUUUGGUUGAUAUUGCCGUUUUAGGUACUUUAAGAGCAAAAUUCGAUCUAUCACAGGGGCCAAGCAUCCCAUCGCGGAUUGCUGUACAGUUCACCUGCAAUGGUGCCACCAUUUCUAAACUUAAUUUUGAACUCAGAAGUCAAGAAUACAAACUUUCUCUUGUUAAAAAGAGGUUUACUACUGGUAAGGCAUGA